AUGGAGCAGGAGAACCAGAAGCUGCAGCGAGCCAUAGAGGUACAGAGGGGUGCAGAGAGGUGCAAAGGGGUGAAUGGAGGUAAGGAUGGGCGAAUAGAGGCGUGGAUGGAGCAGGGCCAACAUUCAGUGAGCAUGGAGGCAGUGGACGACUCACAGCAACACAUUGAGAUGGACCUAUCACUAGGUCUGGUUGACUUGCGCACGGCAGAUGCCGUGGCGGCAGCAGAGAGGGCUUUGUCUGGGGCCGGACAGGGGAGCUCUGUGGGCAGAGGGGAGGGGGAAGGGGAGGAGGGCGAGGCUUGUAGCAGCGAUUCUGACUCAGAACUAGAAUCAGAGAGUGAAGAUUCUGAUGGUGAUGAUGGUGGGAAUCAGGGUGGUAUACGAAGGGCUGAUGCGCAUGAGGGAGAUGGCUUGGGCGGUGGAGACAGGUGUGUAGCGAUGGAGGAGGAUGGGGAAGAUGGAAGUGCAGGUGGAAGUGGGGGUGUGGGAGCGGUUCUAGGCUGCUCACUUGACGGUGCUGUGGCUGGUGGGGAUUGUGGGGUGUUUCAUGUUGGAUUGGGAGGAGAGAAGGGAGCCGUGAACCACACACCAGUCGCCAUGACUCUUCCUAUCACAAGCAGGCCCGAUAUUGAGCUCUCCUGCGCCACUAGCUCGUCCGAUGGAGCAUCUUUUUGUAACGCGUAUCCAUCUGAAACUCGUUCUAACGGAGCUGCCGUUGACAUGACGACCGGCAACUUGGCGGACGGAAUGGUAACUGACGGUGGGCCACAAGCGGACGAAGCGUACGUGUUUACGGAUGACAUGUACGAAGGAGGCGUGGGGGCGCCCGGGUUACCCGGUUACAACGAGAUGGGGAAAGCUCCGCUAGGAAAAGGGGAGCUGACGUAUAGAGGAAUGAACAUCCUCGCUCCCAUGGUUAGAGUGAACACCCUCGCAUUCCGGCUGCUUGCUCUGGACUGUGGCGCGGAUAUGGUGUACAGCGAGGAGGUGAUCGACCACCGCUUUGUACAGUGCAAGAGAGUGGUCAACUCUGUGUUGAAUUCCGUUGACUUUGUUGAACCCACCACGGGCAUCGUGGUGUUCCGCACGUGUGAGGCAGAGAAGACGCGAGUGGCCUUCCAGAUCGGCACCGCUGAUGCUGUCCGGGCUUUAAGGGCUGCCGAAAUGGUCUGCAACGACGUGGCAGCCAUAGACAUCAACAUGGGUUGCCCCAAGCCCUUCUCCACCAGUGGUGGCAUGGGUUCUGCUCUGCUCUCCCGCCCAGAAAACGCAUGUGAUAUCCUCUCCACCCUGCGUCGCAACCUGCCUGCCUCCAUCACAGUCACGUGCAAGAUCCGUCUACUCGACUCGCCCCACCGCACACUCGACUUUGCCCGGGCUGUUGAAAGCACAGGAAUUUCAGCUCUGGGCAUUCAUGCAAGGAAGGUUCCUCACCGCCCGUCAAUGAAGGCGCAGUGGGAGGCGCUCCCUGCAGUGGUCUCGUCGCUCUCCCUCCCGGUCAUUGCCAAUGGGGACGUCUUCUGCUACAGUGACUUCGAUUCCAUUAGAGCGGCGACAGGAGCAUCAUCAGCCAUGGCAGCGCGAGCGGCUUUGUGGAACCCAACUGUGUUUCGCCCAGAGGGGCAGCAGAACUGGGAGGUGGUGAAGAGGCUGUUUCUGAGGCAGUGUGUGCGGUGGGACAAUGACUACAAGUGGUCGAAGCAUGUGAUACGGGAGAUGAUCAUCCACCAUGCCAACUACGAGGUCGGGGAGGGCAGAUGUGUCAAUCGCUGCCAAACCCUACCACAGCUCUGUGACUACUACGGCCUGUCUGAGUUCUAUGAGGAGUCUCUACGAGCAAGAGCUUUGAGGGCACAGCAGAGCGCAGCACACUGA